CUCCAUAUUCAUAGAGCAAGUUCGAUAUGUUGAGAUUAAGUACUAAGACAUCGAUUGUUUCUAAAAGCUUGAGAGCUUUUAGCAAACCGCAAAUAGUUGGUUCGAUAACCAGUUUGAAAAAAAAUUCAAAUCAAAUUGAAUUCCAACGUAAGUUUAACUCUUCUCAAACUGCUGCUUCGACCAGAUCUACUGUUGUCCAACUUUUGAAUAACAUUGGUUCAAAAAGAGAGGUUGAACAAUAUUUAAAAUACUUUACUUCUGUUUCUCAACAGCAAUUUGCUGUUAUUAAAGUUGGUGGUGCUAUUAUAACUCAACAAUUACCUGAAUUAGCUUCAUGUUUAGCGUUUUUAUACCACGUUGGUUUAUAUCCAAUUAUUUUACACGGUACUGGUCCUCAAAUCAAUGAAUUACUAGAAAAUGAAGGAGUUGAACCCCAAUAUAUUGAUGGAAUUAGAAUCACUGAUCCAAAAACUAUGGAGGUUGUUAGAAAAUGUUUCUUGGAACAAAAUUUAAGGUUAGUCACUGCAUUGGAGAAAAUGGGAGUUCAUGCUAGACCAAUUACUGCUGGUGUCUUUGGUGCUGAUUACUUGGAUAAAGAUAAAUAUCAAUUAGUUGGUAAAGUUAAUUCCGUUAAUAAAAGUCCUGUUGAAGCUGCUAUUGACUCUGGAUACUUACCAAUUUUAACUUCUUUAGCUGAAACACCUUCUGGUCAAUUAUUGAAUGUUAAUGCCGAUGUUGCCGCUGGUGAAUUGGCAAGAGAAUUUGAACCUUUGAAAAUCGUUUAUCUUAAUGAAAAAGGUGGUAUAAUAAAUGGUAACACUGGUGAAAAAGUUAGUGUUAUUAAUUUAGAUGAAGAAUUUGAUGAUUUAAUGAAAGAGAGCUGGGUUAAAUAUGGUACUAAAUUGAAAAUUAAAGAAAUUCAUGAUUUAUUACAACAUUUACCAAGAUCUUCUUCUGUUGCUAUUAUUGACGUUAAUGAUUUACAAAAAGAAUUAUUCACCGAUUCUGGUGCUGGUACCUUAAUCAGAAGAGGUUAUAAAUUAAUCAACCGUACCUCUUUGAAAGAUUUUAGUAACCCUGAUUUAUUGAGAUCUGCUUUAUUAAGAGAUCCUGAAAUCAAAUCUGGUAAAUUAUCUGUUGCUUCUUAUUUAAAAUAUUUAGAAUCAAUCUCUUUCAAAUCUUAUGGUGAUGCUCCUUUGGAAGUUUUGGCCAUCGUUAUCGAAGAUAAUCAUAAAAUUCCAAAAUUAGAUAAAUUCUUAUCUUCUAAAACUGGUUGGUUCAAUAAUGUUACCGAUAAUAUUUUCAAUUCGUUGAAAAAAGAUUUCAAAUCUUUAUGUUGGAUUGUUAACGAAAAUGAUUCUAAUUUAUCUUGGUAUUUUUCAAAAUCCGAUGGUUCAUUUGCUAAAAAUGGUGAAAUUCUAUUCUGGUACGGUUUGAAUACCGAAGAAGUUUCUGAAUUAAUUAAAGAUUUUGACUCUUCUAAUAUCGGAUCCUCAUUAUCAUCUUCUAAAGAAUCCGGUGUUUUCAAUUCUCAAACUCAAAAGAGAGGUUUACAUACUUCUCGUACUGCUUUUGAACCUUCAACUACAUCUAACCCAAAUCCUCCUAUUCGUCAUGGAUCUAAUACUAAAAAGGCUAAGGUUGCUUUAAUUGGUGCAAGAGGUUACACUGGUCAAAACUUAAUUAGUUUAAUUGAUAGACACCCUUACUUAGAAUUAUCUCAUGUUUCUUCUCGUGAAUUGGCUGGCCAAAAAUUAAAAGGUUAUAAUAAAGAUAACAUUGUCUAUUCAAACUUACAGAUUGAAGAUAUUAAAAAAUUAGAAGCUGAACAAAAAGUUGAUAUGUGGGUGAUGGCAUUACCAAAUGGUGUUUGUAAACCUUUUGUUGAUGCUAUUGAAUCAGUUAACUCAUCGCACUCAAAGAUCAUUGAUUUAUCUGCUGAUUAUAGAUUCGAUACUACUGGAGAAUGGGUUUAUGGUUUGCCUGAAUUAAAUAACCGUCAAGAUAUCGUUCAUGCCAAAAAAAUUUCAAAUCCUGGUUGUUAUGCUACUGCUGCCCAAUGUGCGAUUGCUCCUUUAGUCGAUCAUAUCACUGGUAUCCCAACCGUUUUUGGUGUCUCUGGUUACUCUGGUGCUGGUACUAAACCAUCUCCAAAGAACGAUGUAAAAUUCUUAUCUAAUAACUUAGUUCCUUAUUCAUUAACUGACCAUGUCCACGAAAAAGAAAUCAGUAACCAAUUAGGUUUAGAAAUUGCCUUCACUCCUCAUGUUGCUCAAUGGUUUCAAGGUAUUUCUCAUACCAUUUCCAUUCCAAUCAAACCUGGUUCUUUAACUUCUCGUGAGAUUAGAAACAUUUACCAAGAUAGAUAUCAAGGUGAACAAUUGAUCACUGUCACUGGUGAAGCUCCUUUGGUUAAAGAUAUCAGUGGUAAACAUGGUGUUGUUAUUGGAGGUUUUGCUGUUAACUCUAAAGAAAAUAGAGUCGUUAUAGUUGCAACCAUUGAUAAUUUAUUGAAAGGUGCUUCCACUCAAUGCUUACAAAACAUUAACUUGGCCUUGGGUUACUCAGAAUACGAAGGUAUUCCUGAUGACUUGGUUAUUAGAGGUUAGGUAUUCAUUUCUUUUUGACUUUUCUCUUCAUAUAAACUAU